AUGCCGCCACCGGUUCGGAGCUACGUGCUGAGGAGGGAUGACGAGGCCACGCACCCGGACUCCAUCCGGGCCGCCUUGGCCGAGUUCUUCUCCACCUUCAUCUUCGUCUUCGCAGCCGAAGGCUCCAUCUUCGCUCUCGAUAAGAUGUACACAGACACCGGCACAACAGCCACCAGUUUGAUAGUGAUUGCGCUCGCGUCCGCUCUAUCGCUCUCCGCCGCCGUCGGAUCCAGCACCCAUGUCUCUGGCGGCCACAUCAACCCGGCCGUCACCUUUGGGGCGCUGAUAGGAGGCCGGAUCUCACUGGUCAGGGCCAUAUAUUAUUGGAUCGCUCAGCUUCUUGGCGCAAUAGUUGCCGCGCUCCUGUUGAGGCUGGUCACUGGAGGAAUGGUACAACAACAUUUCAUGUGCUCUCCAUAA